UAAAGCUAGUCGUACCCUGUGAAGAAGAAUCUGUUAUCGGUAGCUUCGGCUUGCAACUUUUAGCCCUUGCUUAUCUCGCUGUUUGAAUUCCGCUUCGAAGGGUUUCAACUUUUAUUAAGGUGUAGCUUAAACCCAAUCUCUAACGCGUAGUUUGUACAUGUCGCUUACUAUCUAGGCGCCACUCCAGUCAUUUUUCACCAAAAGUUGAUCUGUUAGCCGACUUGCUAACUUCCCUCGCGUUGCGCCAUCAUGUCUGGCGGUCUCAUUCGAGGACCCGCGGGGAGUAACGACUGUCGGAUAUAUGUGGGAAAUCUCCCUCCCGACAUACGUUCAAAAGACGUGGAAGACUUAUUUUACAAGUACGGAAGUAUUCGUGAUAUAGAUUUGAAGAACCGCAGAGGAGGACCACCGUUUGCUUUCGUGCAGUUCGACGACCCGAGGGAUGCUGAAGAUGCUGUUUAUGGGCGUGAUGGAUACGACUACGAUGGCUACCGUCUGCGUGUGGAGUUCCCUAGAAGUGGAAGAGGAGGAGGAGGAGGAGGAGGUGGUGGUGGUGGUGGUGGUGGAGGAGGAGGAGGAGGAGGAGGAGGAAUGGGACCCCCAAGGGGAAGGUACGGUCCCCCAUCCCGACGCUCGGAGAACAGGGUCGUUGUGUCAGGACUUCCCCCCAGCGGGAGCUGGCAGGACCUGAAGGAUCACAUGCGGGAGGCAGGUGAUGUAUGUUAUGCUGAUGUGUUCCGUGAUGGCACUGGUGUCGUGGAGUUUGUACGCAAAGAAGACAUGACCUACGCCGUCCGUAAACUGGACAACACAAAGUUUCGCUCCCAUGAGGGUGAGACGGCUUACAUCCGUGUGAAGAUGGACGGUCCUCGGAGCCCCAGCUACGGUCGCUCUCGCUCUCGUAGCCGCAGUCGAAGCAGGAGCAAGAGUGGAUCACGCAGCUACUCCCCACGCCGCAGCAGAGGAUCUCCCCGUUAUUCUCCCCGCCGCUCUCGCUCCCGCUCCCGGUCCCAUUCCCGGUCUCGCUCCCGCUCCCGCUCUCGCACCUAGGCAAGCCUGACCUAGGCAAGCCUGACCUAAGAGCCAGAAUGGAAAUCUUCACAUUACUCAACGAAUCCUGUAUAUUCAUCAAGGAUCAUCUCGUGUGUCACCUAUGUAUGCUGUCAUGGUGUGUGCUCCCUUCCCUACCCGACACCAACCCACCUGCAGUUUUAUUUUCCAUUCUAAUUUUUGCAGACCAGUUGAGCGUGCACAUGACCGAGUUUUGCUCCAUUAUUUCUUCUCUCAAAGCGUGUUCUGCUUCUGCUGUGUCAUCUCUAAUUCAUCCGUGUACCUCUCUUCUCCUGAUUGUCCUGCUUGAAUGUUGAAUGUUUUUUGCUUCAUUUGCAAAGAUUUUUUUUAAAAAUUUUUUUAAUUUUUAUUAUUUUAUUUUUUUUACUUCCUUCAGGCGAAUACUGCUGUCUUUUUGACCUUCUUGUGUGUUUCUCUGUUCAGAGUUCAGAGGAACAGGAUAGGAUGGGAACAGAGGAAACAGUUCAUAUUAGGAUAAACAGGAGGAGGAGGAGUCAAAUGUGGCACCAAUGGUAUGAUGGCUGUGCCUUGUCAACUGUGAAAUUAUAAGGCUGUUCAUUUUUUCUUUUUUUCAAAAAGCAUAAAUCUGACAAUAGGGCCCAGUUUGAAUGUUUUCAGUAGUUAAGUUUCUUUUUUUCUUUUUCUUUUUUUUUUUUUUGGUGGUUUUUCUCAUCCUUUAUCAUACAAAGUAAAUCUUUGUAUUUUGGGCUUGAUUAUAGAUGGUUUUCUCCUUUUUCCCAACGUAAACUCCCUGGUAGCUGCAUUUAUUUACAUUACUUAAAGCAUUUUCCUGAAGGUGUGAUUCUAACUCGCCUCCUUCUCUUUGGUUCUGCUGGUAUUCUGAAGGUUUGGACUGGGCUCAUUGUCUCACCAUUCCGGAGCCGGAUCAGGAUUCAGGAUCAGAUUAGGAUUAGGCUUCAGGAUGGAUACAUGGAGCAGGAUCAUAGGAGCGUUUUUACCGGGAGAAGAUCCCGACCCCCUGACCCUGUCCACAUAAACCCAUCAAACCGGAACCAUUGUAGUGCGAUAUUCAGAAAAAAUUGGCUUUCAAAUUUUCCAAAAUUUCCCUUUUUGUGUGGGACCUCACAGACAGACUUACUGGCUGCACAGUGACGCACCGUUUAUUUUUCUUUUUUAAAUAAUUAAAAAGAAGAGAAAAGCAUGGAUCAAAUCCAGGAGGAGGGCUGGGAGGUGCAGAAUGGAUCCACACGCGUAAGGAGUGGUAAAUAGUGGAAAACCGUUACCAGUGGAGGAGGGAGGGAGGGGUGACGAGGGAAGUCUGGGAGGAGACGAGGGAUCGUAACUUUAAUGUGGUUUGUAUCUUUUUUUCUUUUUUUUUCUUUUUGGUCCAGUUUUUUUUCUAGCGGUGGCUGACUUCUGAUUUUCUUACACAUGAUCUCGAUUAUCUCAAAGCUUUAUUCUCUUUUAAUAAAACGUUCUACAACAUUA